AUGGCUCUGCAUUUCAUUGUUCUGCUUCUCACCACUGUGCUUUUCUCCAAAGCACUGGCAUUGAAAUGCUAUGGAAAUAUAACAGAUCCAGUAACAGGAACAUGGUCAAAUUUGACAAAUGUCUGCUUAGGACAGUGUAACUCCAUGACCAGAAUGACAUUCCUAGGUGACCUUAAACUAAAUCAGAGCAUUAAGCUUUGCGGGGAUCCAUAUUCUUGUCUCAAUGGAAGCAUAAAUUAUGGACAAAGCAGAGUAACUGUAAACAGCCUAUGUUGUGGCACAGAUUACUGCAACAGUCAGUUUCCACCAGCCUAUCCACGCUUUCCUGUUAAUGGAAAGACUUGUUAUACCUGUAAUAAUACAGACUGCUCAAAGGUUUUGGCUUGUGAAGGUGAUGAGAACCAGUGCUUCACCUCCACAGUUCCGAUAUCUGGCAAGAAUCAGACUCAGAAAGGAUGUGCAAGCAAGUUGUUCUGUUUGAACAUUGGGUUUAAUGAAAACAAAUGUUGCAACGGUAACCUGUGUAACAGUGCCCAGAGCAUUAGAGCAUUCUUUAUUCCUCUCUUAUCUCUAAUUUUCCUAUUUUUUGUGUAAGAUGAAACAAGUGAAAAUUAGGUUGUGAUCCUUUAUUCUUCUCUCUUAAUCUUUGAGUUUAAGGGGAUGUGCGAGAGAGCACAGGGUGUGGUCCUAUCAAAUCUGCAUGUCUGUAGGAGACAACUUAUAUAUGCCUAUCCCUCUUGUCUCUCUUUUUUCAUUAGUUUUAACAUUAUAAAAUGUGACACUCCAUGUG